AUGGGUGCCAGAUCGGGACUGAUGGCGGACAUGACCAGCCGAUUUACUUGUAAAGGCAAAACUGUUUACAACUUAAUGGGUACAAGCACUUUCACUGAAUACACUGUUGUGGCUGACAUAGCAGUUGCCAAAAUAGAUCCUCAAGCCCCUCUUGAAACCUGCAUUAUUGGCUGUGGAUUUGCUACUGGAUAUGGUGGAGCUGUAAAUACUGCAAAGGUAACUCCAGGUUCUACCUGUGCUGUCUUCGGGUUAGGAGGUGUUGGCUUCUCAGCCAUAGUUGGAUGCAAACAUGCUGGGGCUUCACGUAUUAUUGGGGUUGGAACUCAUAAAGACAAAUUUCCAAAAGCCAUUGAAUUGGGAGCCACAGAAUGCCUAGACCCCAAAGAUUAUGAUAAACCAAUCUAUGAGGUCAUUUGUGAGAAGACUAAUGGAGGUGUAGAUUAUGCCAUUGAAUGUGUUGGGCGCAUUGAAACUAUGGUAUGUAAAAACAUAUAA